AUGAAGCAUGGAACCUUCCGAAUCUACCAUAUCACUUACAAUGUGCUCACUCAAUUACUCCUUGGCGUGCCUCUUGAACUCGUUCAUCAAUGGCGUGUAAUCGUCGUUUAUUUAGCUGGAGUUUUAUCUGGCUCACUCCUGGUCUCAGCCGUUGAUCCCCACGUCUUUCUUGCGGGUGCCUCUGGAGGUGUCUAUGCCCUUCUUGCCGCUCAUCUUGCUGAGCUCAUCAUGAACUGGUCAGAGAUGGAAUUCAAUUGGAUACGGGCCUUAGUUUUGGCAGUUCUGAUUGGUACGGAUACAGGUGUCUCCGUCUAUCAACGGUAUUUCGUCGAUAAAGUCGAUAGGGUUUCAUACGUCUCUCACAUCGGAGGAUUCGUAGCCGGUGUCCUGCUGGGUGUAGUGGUUCUUCGAAAUUUCCGUCGUCAUCCGUGGGAAAGGAGGCUGUGGUGGGCCUCACUGGUCGCCUUCGCGUUCUUCAUCGCCAUAUGCGUUGUGCUGAUCAUUGCACCUGAUAUGAUGAACUUCUAA